GCCCUCCCUCGUUCUCUUUCCUUCAUCACCCCCUCCUUGGCCCGUCUCUCGUUAAAAGGCCUCCCUCCUUUGUCCCUUCCUUCCCUUUGGAACGUAGAGUCAUCAUGAUCCACGCACUCGCUGCCGCCGUCCUCGCGCUCCCGCUCACCGCUGUCGCCCACACGCCGACCUACAUGCGCCGUGCGGCCAACUACACCAUCGAGGACCACUACCAGGGAGAGGACUUCCUGAACUGGACGUUCUUCAGCGACUCGGACCCGACGGCGGGCCUGGUCACCUACCUCGAUGCCAACGCUGCUAUCGGUAGUGGUCUUGCGACCGUCGACUGCGACAACGUGACCACGCUUGCUGUCGACACCAACCAAACCGUGGCUAACGGCGGCACGCGUAACUCCGUCCGCAUCAGCUCGGAGAAGACUUACAGCUCCGGUCUCUUCAUCGCCGACUUUGCCCAGAUGCCCGUUGGCUGCGGUACCUGGCCCGCGUACUGGACGGUCAGCGCGACUGCCACAUGGCCCCAGGGCGGCGAGGUCGAUAUCAUCGAGGGUGUCAAUCGUAACACGCAGAAUCAGAUCACCCUUCACUCCGGUGAUGGCUGCACGCUUAGCGGCUCGCCCAACACCACUUCCCAUCUUCUAGGCACGCAGUGCGCUAGCUCCAACGACAACGAUGCUGGCUGUGCCUACCAGCAGGAUGACACGACUUCCUUCGGCGCGGGCUUCAAUGGUGCGGGUGGAGGUGUCUUUGCGCACCUCUGGAACACGGAUGGCAUCACUGUCUGGUACUUCCAGCGCAAUGCCAUUCCCUCCGACAUCACGAACAAGAACCCCGACCCGACCAGCUGGGGCACGCCGGCUGCGGCCUUCCCUAGCACCAGCUGCGACAUGGCCAGCCACUUCUACGACCACUCCAUUGUCAUCGACACCACGAUCUGCGGUGACUGGGCAGGCCCGGCGUACGCUGCCUCGGGUUGCCCUGGUACGUGCCAGGACGCCGUCGCCAACGCGACGAACUUUGUCGACGCGCAGUGGAAGAUCAACUACAUCUCUGUCUACCAGUAGAUGCACCUCGCAUGGUCUCUCGUUCCCCGUUAACGACGUCCGCACCGUACCUAGUUUUCAUUUAAACCCGCAUCGCAUCCUCUGACCCCCGCAACUCGCCUCAUGCAGCGCGCACCUAGCUCUAGUCUCGUAUACCUGAUGUCCUACUGAUUUUGCUAUUUAUCACCGACCUUCGGCCGGGCACCCGCAUCUGCUUCUCUUGUUCACGUCGGUGAUGAGUGUCCAUAGCUAUAGAUAGCGCAAUUCCUUACGUCUCCUUACUUACAAGUUACCAGUCCCCGCGUGGGCGCGCGUAGACGUCGCUUGCUCGCUUAUACGGUUGCUACAUACCUCGAUACUCUGCUGCACGGGCGGGCCCGCCCGAUCCUCGACGGAGCGGUGUUGCAGCCGCCGCGUACCACUCUGGGUCCUCGGGCUGCGUCCGAGGCGAUGCUAUCAUUAUUAUUGCUGCACAUGUGAAUGCAAUAUCUUUUCCUGCGGUA